AUGAUGUUUGGUAGAGUAUUUGUGCGUUCCCUCGCUUCCAGCACGAAGGCUGUCAAACCACCGGUGCAGCUGUUUGGUCUAGACGGUACUUAUGCUACUGCUUUGUUUACUGCCGCUUCCAAGAACUCAUCUAUUGAAGCUGUUUCCAAAUCUUUGAACAGCUUAUCGCAAACUAUCGAAAAGGACCCUAAAUUGAAAGAUAUCUUGGCUAAUCCAGCUCUUUCUUCUCAAGAUAGAAACGUGGUGGUUAAGACAUUAUCAGAACAGCCAAAUGUGGAUUCUACUGUCGUGAACCUUCUAAAGGUGUUGGCUGAAAACAAUAGAUUGGACAUCUUCACAAAAGUCAACUCUCAAUUCACCACUUUGACCGACGCUUACAAUGGAUUGGUCAAGGGAACCGUCAUCACCGCACAGCCAUUGGACUCCAAGUCUUUUAAGAGGAUUGAAAGGGCUCUUGCUCAGUCUAAUUUGGUUGGCCAGGGAAAGACUUUAAAGUUGGAGAAUUCCGUGAAACCAGAGAUCCAAGGUGGGUUGAUUGUGGAGAUUGCCGACAAAACCGUCGAUCUAAGCAUUGCUUCCAAGAUCCAAAAGUUGAACAAGGUGCUUGAUGAAUCUAUCUAA